UAUUUUGUUGAACUGUUAAAGUUGAAAGGGGUGAUUAUAGUAUAUUGUUUUCAAUUACAUAAAAUUGUGGACUAUCUGAAUAUUUAAUAUAAAACGUAUAAGGUUCAUAAUUAAUGUAAAUUUGUAAUAACUUAUAGUGAACAGGAAAUAUUUAAUAAUGAGGGGAAGACUGAUUUUAUGAUAAUUAAAAUUAUACUUCACUCAUCAUGCAUUUUGUGGAAUAAUGUCCGAUAUCUUGGUGAAUCAUAACAUAACAGAAUUUCAUAAAAAUUGAAUAGUUUAAAUAAUGUGUUCUUAAAUUUGGCCCGCUUAGAGAUAAAUCUGUGUAUUAAUUGUUAGUCAUGGCAAGAGAAUACGACCAUCUGUUCAAACUGUUAAUAAUAGGAGACAGUGAUGUCGGGAAGAGUUCCCUGCUAGUGAGGUUUGCAGAUAACACAUUCUCCGGCAACUACAUAACUACCAUUGGUGUAGACUUCAAGAUCCGAACUGUGGAGGUUGACGGAGAAAAAGUCAAACUGCAAAUCUGGGACACAGCUGGGCAGGAGAGGUUUCGCACGAUAACAUCUACGUACUACAGAGGAACCCAUGGAGUGAUUGUGGUUUAUGAUGUGACCAGUGGUGAAUCUUUUGCCAACGUCAAGCGAUGGCUUCACGAAAUAGAACAAAACUGUGAAGUUGUGAACAGGAUAUUAGUUGGAAACAAGAACGAUGCGCCAGACAGGAAAGUGGUUUUGACGGAGGAUGCGCAGCGAUUUGCUGAUCAGAUGAGAAUCCAACUGUUUGAGACCAGUGCCAAGGAAAAUAUCAAUGUAGAAGAGAUGUUCAUGGCAAUCACUCGUCAAGUCCUGCACACAAAGAAGGAAAGGAAGGAGCGACAAGCCGGACAGAAUAGUGAUACAGUUAAUCUACGGAAGCCGAAAACCAGUAAGAGACAAAAAUGCUGUUAGCACCUUCUGACUGGCAUUACUCCAACUGUAUAGCCCCCUGUGUAUUUGUAUAGUGAUUGUUUUAUUCGCUUUAUUUUCAUUGUGGUUACAUCUAUGGAAAGAAGAGAAAGCCAUAAAACUGUAUAGGCUCUAGUUUUAAGUAAUAUAUAAAUACAUCGCGUUGUUAAGUAUUGAAUGUUCAAUACAGAGCACGGACCACGUUUUGUAAAUUUUUACCAGCUCAAUUCUACCCUUGAGGUCCUUUGCUCAACAGUUUUAUGGUGUAGAUUUCUCCCUUAAGUACUAAAUUUAGAUUUUCAGUUUGCAUGCAUUUUGAAUCGGACUUCUCUGCUUUUGGGACCUCAUAAUAAUAUUCUUGAAACAACAUAAUCUGGUAGUGAAAUGACAUUUUAAGAACCGGCAUGGUUUUAUUUAUGUUAAAACUUAGUUAAAUAGUUAAUGUUAGUUGAGUUUUCUUCAUUAUUUUUUAAAUAUACCUGUGAAAGUUGUAAUAGUUACUUACGCAAGUGUUCUAAACAUUAUGCUGUUGGCUGCUAUGUUUAUUUUUUAAAACAGUUGCUGCUCUCCCCCUGAUGAAACCAGAAGUACAAUUUUAAAACUAUCCUAGAGUUUUAACCCUCAUCUUUGCAAUAUGUUUGUGACCAUCAUGUUAUUUAAUACUAGGCUAUUUGGUAAACUUAGAAACUACAUAUUAUCGUUCCUAAAUUAAUAAAUUAGUAGAAUUUUUAUGUUAUUUUUAAAGGUCUAAGUUUCAAUAUUGGCAUCUGUAAUUAGGAUUACAACUAGCCUACUUUAAAAUUUAGUGUUAGUGCUGAAAGUUAUAUUUUAACCUGUGCUUCAUUUGGACUUUCUGCAUCGUUGAUGUGUGUAGAUCAGAUAUAUUUACAUUCCUUAAUAAUACCCAAUAGUUUGUAGUAUUAUGAAAAAAUAAUUAAUUUUAAUAGUACUUUUUAAUAAUGUACUGAUUACAUUUCAACAAUAUUUUAUUUUAGCUUUAGCUGUAUUCUGUUCUAAACACUCUUUUUAGUUACUCACUUUAAGUGAAAUAUCGUUGGUUUAAGAAUUUUCCUGUUACUCGUUAAAAGUACAAAAUCAUGGUCCAGUUCAAAACUGGAAUAGCUACAUAAUACUGUAACUAUUUUGCAUAAAGUACUAUUUUAGAUACAUUUCUUUGUUGUAGCUUCAGUGUAUCAUUGUGUGAAGCAUUUAUUUUAAUAAAUAUUCUUUUUGUGUUCAA